AUGAACGUUCUUGCGAUGGGAAAUAUCCAAGUGNUUGAUGAUAAAUCAAAUCGAUUAAUCGGAUGGGCAACAAUGAGACAGCUGAGAGUUAAAUCUACGCUAUGCCCGAAACAAACUGCAAUAUCGUCUGUCUGCGAAGAAGAUUACAAUCAAUUUCAUGCAGAUCAACGAUCUUAUGUACCAGAAUGGAAAGAUUACACAUCGAAUAAUUAUACUGCGUUCAUUCGUCAAGCAUUUACCUAUCAAUCGGGUGCCGUAUUGGAGACAUAUACAUAUGUUGGAGAUCAUGCAAGUUAUGGAAGUGGUGGUUAUGUGUAUGAAUUUCGUGGUCGUUUGAGUGACCUUCAAAGUAAUCUCUCUCAACUUCACCAACUUAGCUGGAUCGAUAACCGCACUCGCGCUGUGAUCAUUCAAUUGACUUUGUACAAUCCGAAUGUUCAGUUAUUCACAGCUGUCACUUUGCUCGCUGAAUUUCUCUCAUCGAGUGGAGUCUUUACCAGUGCUCGUUUCGAGCUACUUAGCUUUUACACAUUCACAUCAGUGUAUCAAUUAGUAUGCACCAUCGUGUAUAUGUUAUUCAUUUUCUAUUUCGUUUGGAUUGAAAUACGGCUAUUGAUACAAAUGAAAUGGCAAUAUUUUCGUCGAUUUUGGUCGUAUGUUGAAAUUGGAAUUAUUGUUUGUUCAUGGACAAGUGUUGGUAUUUACAUCUGGCGAUACAAAGAAAGUCAACGAAUUGGUCAACUGUUUAAAGAUACCAAUGGAUACGUGUAUAUUAAUUUACAAUUGGCAGCCUAUGUUAAUGAUGUUCUCACCUUUUUAUUUGCUUUUUGUUGUUUCUUCGGUACAAUUAAAUUGGUGAAGUUUUGCCGGUUCAGUCAACGUCUUUGUUUAUUUAUUGAAACACUUCGAUAUGCUGGAAAACAAUUGAUAUCGUUUACAAUGAUGUUCUCGAUUGUCUUUCUGUCAUUUCUCUGUCUCUUUUAUUUAUUAUUCGUUUCGAAAUUACUCAGAUGUUCAAGUUUAUUGGGAACAGCUCAGAUGCUAUUCGAAAUGACUUUGAUGAACUUUGAUGCCACGGGAAUCAGCGAGGCUGAUGCAUUUCUUGGUCCGCUGUGUUUCGCUGUGUUUAUUUUCGUCGUUGUUUUCGUCUGUAUGAGCAUGUUUUUGUCGAUCAUCAACGAAAAUUUCGCUCGUGCAAGAAGCAACAUGGAUGGUAAAAAUGAAGAAAUAUUUUCAUUUAUGUUGAGCACAUUUCAACAAUGGAUAUAUUCCAAAAAGCCGGCCGAUAGAAAAAUCUUGAAGGACCGAUUGGGUGAGAGAUACAGCGAUCAAAUGAAUUCAUUUUCUGAGCGUGUCGAUGAUUUAUUGAAAGUCAUCGAUCGAAUUUAUAUCAGUCAAAUUCAAGAUGCUUCAACUGUCAAGGAAAUGAAUAUUUAA